AUGCUUCUUCGACUGAUCACGAUUUCUACUGUAAUCCCUACAAUAACCGCAUGCUUAGCAACAAGAACAAGCGUUCCAACGUUGGCGAAUUGUCCUGCUUGCAAUUUUGCUUCUCUAUCGGGAUCUUCAUUUCAGCAAACAGACACGGAAGCCGCGGGAACCGCAUAUUUCUUAAGAGGAGUGGAUCCUGUUAAUUGGUGCGAUACUGCUCAAAUCAACUGUCUCACCGAUGACGGAUCAUCUCGAACGGUCCGAAUCGACAUUAUUGCUAAUGGUGUACGGAACGCUGUUGGCACAGGAUGUGGCGAAUCUCAUUCGAUUCCAAACGUUCUUCAGUGCAAUUCGAAUAAUCAAUGGGCGUUCAACGGGCGAACAGACUUCACAAUCGAAUGCCGAACAAUCGUCGCUUCAACGUGCACACCGUAG